CCAGCAGUGCCACCCGCAAGUUCCGCCCACCUGUGCCCAGCAGUGCGCCCACUAGCUCCGCCCACCUGUGCCCAGCAGAUCACCCACCUGUGCCCAGCAGUGCACCCACCUGUGCCACUCUGCAGUGCCACCUACCUGUGCCCAGAAGUGCCACCCACCUGUGCCCACCAGUGCCACCCACCUGUGCCCACCCACCAGUGCUGCCCACCAGUGCCACCGACCAGUGCAGCCCAGCAGUGCUACCAUCAGUGCCGCCAGUCAGUGCCCAGCAGUGAUGCCAGUCAGUGCCGUCUAUCAAUACCCAUCAUCAGUGUCACCUAUCAGUGCCGCCUAUCAGUG